AAACACAAACCAUUCUACGAAUCUACUGUUGUAUAAACAUUUGAACACAACGGACUAAAAACGUGCUUGCACAGCAAAAAGAAAAAAGAAAAUUUGGUGAACAAACAUGGAAUUCGAAGAAGAUCAAUGGGAACUUCCAGAAAAGUUUUCCUAUGAUGAGCGGCGCAAACAUGACAAAGUGAUUUUGAAGAACAUCCCACCAGGUUUUACUGACGAUGGUAUAAUUAGUAUGUGCCAACAAUACGGACAAGUGAAACAUUUUAAUCGACCAAACGGUGCAUUAUUUGCAUUUGUUCAAUAUGAAUCAUCUGCUGAAGUCGAAAAUAUAUUGCGUCGUUUCAAUGAUGACAAUGAAUCACUGCCGAUUAUCGUGGAACAUGCCCGAGAAAAAGAACCUGUUCGAAAUCAAGACGAUUAUGAUUUUCUGAACGCACCGGCUUUACUCAAUGACGAUACUCCAUUGCGAAAUGUGCUUGAAUUGAGCAAAAGAAAAGUCCAAGGACCAUUUGCUGAUCCAACAGCAAUAAGUCGUGAAUCACUGAUUCAAGGUAAAGACUAUCGAAAUAUCAUGCUCAAAGUGGUUGACAAAUCAAAAUGUUACCACUGGGACUCAAAUAUCGAAGCACAUGUCGAUUACGAAUCGGAAAAUGGAUAUAAAAUUGUUCAUGGUCGCGCGAUUUUAAAAUCAAGUUCUCUUGCACCAAGUAAAGCUGAUAAUUCAUUAAAAAAGAAACCAUUCAUCUUCAAGUCGGAUUCAAUUGACUAUGGCAUUGUGCAAUGUGAAAAUGAUUCAUAUGCGUCUGACAAAAAAUGCAAGCAAUGCAAUAAAAAUUACUGUACACUCAAUUGUCAUGCGAUCAGUUGUAAGAAGCCAGACAAACUUGAUGAAACAGGGCCAUCAAAAUCGCCUUCAAUUUUUGAUUUUACGAUUAAAUCCGAACCGAUUAUGAAAACGGUAAAAUUGACAGCUGUCAUAAAUCAUCGUUUGGUGUUUGUUCGGCCGGCCGAAGAUGAUCAAGAAACAGCAUUUGCACAGUUGCUGAACGAUACGGUGAAAUGUGCGAUCAACGCUGAAACCUACAAAAGUUUGCCAUCAAUUGCAUCUCUAGUUUUGGCCAAAUACGAUUACUAUCAACGUGCGCUAGUCUUAAAACAUAUCAACGACACCGAAGUGGCCGUUGCGUUCAUUGAUUUUGGUAACAUUGAAACUCGACCAUACAGUGAAUUAAAAGUGAUGCCAAGCGAUCUGCAAAAACGAAAACCUUUCGCAACAAAGAUUCACUUAAGCAAAAUCAACGAAGAUCUCAUGAACGAACAGGCAUUAAGGUGCUUGUACAAUUUGAUGAUGCACGACAUUGAAUUAAAAAUCAAAAAAGAAAUGGUUGACGAAAAUCCUUUGUACGAAUUGAAAGCACCGGAUAAUUGGGUCAAUCAAAUGGUGAAUGAUUGGAAUACUGAUGGCAUCGAUAUACCAAAAAUCAAAGAUAUUUCAUGUCGGAUAUUUUCAACAGAUGCAUCGGAGCGAUUCGAAAGACCGAUCAAAUUGGCGGAAAUGUCAGGCAAAGAAGUGAUUAUUAUGGAUAAUUCACAAAUAAUUGUAAAUUAUAUAUCAUUCCUUGCGGUUGAUGAUUUGAACGAAUUCCUGCAAAAUGAGCGACGAAUUCAAAACAUUUCCAACUAUCUGUUUACAGUAGAAAAAAGUUAUACACCAAGGACCGAUGAAUAUUGUGUGGUUCGGUAUAAAGGUCGAUGGUAUCGUGCUGAAUGUGUUGAAAUUUGCUACGAUGGCUUCGCAACAAUGCGCUUCAUUGAUUAUGGCAUGAUGCAAUUGAUUGAAAUCAACGAUAUUCGUGGAAUACCAGACGCAUUGGUAUUCAAAUCAAUCACAAUGACGGACAUCGAUUGCUUCCCAGAUCAUGGCGUAAUGUCGUUUGAAGAAACCAGCGAAUUGAAGAAAGUGUAUCAAGUAGAAUCGCAUCAUCGUAUCCAGCGAAUGGAAAAGCGUACGGAAAUCGAUAAAAAUGGCGAAAAUAGUGACACCAUAUAUGCAUGGCUAGAAUCAUGUCCACAAUAAAUCGAAUCAAAGUCAGCGACCUUAAAUUUCAAUUUCUACUUUUGUAUUUCCAUAAUAUAUUGAUUUAACUAUAAGUAUUCAACUGACUUGAAUUUAUAUGAAACGUACAAAAGAUCGACGUAUUAAGAUUAAAAUCAUGUGAUUACAAAUUCGAUCCAUAAUCAUUUCCAUUGAAAACCAAAAAUAAAACACAGAAAAUUAAAAUGUAAGUCAAUGAUAAGAACAACUCAUAGUGUUAAUAAGAAUGCAAUGAAAAUGUAUCAAGGUAGUUUUUUAUUCGGCAGCCUUUGAAAACACUACUGAAAAAAAAAAAAUUCUCGAGUGAAAAAAAAA